UCGGCUGCAGCGCUUCCUGUUGCACGGAGCGAGAGCAGCAGCAUGAGGCGGUUGGCAUGAAGAUGGCAGCUGGAGCGUGGUCACCCCUGAUAACCCCCUGCUCUCCCCGCUCCUCCACCAUGGUUGAGGGGUAGGACGGGACCCCCCAGGCCAGCCCGUUCUCAGCCUACACAAUUGACACCACGAGGCUGUAACUUGAACAGGCAAGAAGGACUUUUUUUUUUAUGUUUCCCCUGAAGCAAGAAGUGUAACAGCUUGGAAAGCAAAGAUAAAGGACAUGUCUGUUAAUUGGAGAGGGUGAUUUGGGGUAACAGGAGGAGGAAAUACAAUAUUAGCUUGUCAAGAAGGCCUCAACAGUUUGCUCAGUGUGCGGACAGAGGACCCCGAAGCAGUCGGGGUGGUCCCAGAGGGGCGAUGAUCAGCCAACCCGAGCGGGCACGGCCGCGGCGCCGGCGCUGGAGCGAGAGCUACGAUGAGAAGUGCGAGAGGCGGCACGAGACGCGGGAGAACCUGCGGCGCAGGAACAACCUGACCAGCUGCAGGCACCUGAGGAGGGCAGCAGGGGGGCUGGAGCAGAGCCCCCGGCAGCAGGAGUUCCUGAGGAGGAGGAACCUGGCAAGCGAUGCCGGGAGGAUGCUGCCGGGAUGGGGGCCUAAAGCACGAGUCCCCUUGGACAUCUCACGGGUGGAGCCAAGACUGCCCAUCCUGCUCCAGCACCCCUGGAGCUGCCCCACAUUCCCCCCUGCACCCCUCAGCUUCAGUGUCCCCCUCAGCACUUCAGCAGAAGCCAAACCCAGGCCAGGUGCCUCCAUGAACACCCGAGGAACCCAGACCCUCACAAAUCCAAGCCCAGCAGUGACAGACUCAAGCCAGCAGACAGAUUGUGGAAUAGCAGUUUUAGAUAAGGAAAUGGUGCAGCUCUCCCACUACCUGAAGGAGGCCCUGCACCGCGAGCUGCUGCUCAAGCAGAAGAUGGUGAUUUUGCAGGAGCUUUUCUCCACGUUGCUGCAAGCGUCAGAAAAAUCCUGGCAGGGUCAGCUGAACGAAGACAAACUGAAGUGCAAACUAAGGGCGCUUGAGAACCAGCUGCAGGCCUGCACCCAGAGUUACACAAAGGAGUGUGUGAAGAAGAUCCUGAUAGAGAUGGAAGACCAGAAGCAGACCUACGAACAGAAGGCUAAAGAGGCUCUUCAGAAGAUGCUGGAGGACAAACUCCAAGCAGAGCAGGAGCUGCAGAACUCCCAGAGAAACUUGGCAGUGACAAGAGAGGACCUUGCCUUCUGGAAAGAGCACUACACCAUGCUCAAAGCCAAACUGACCGACACGAGCACAGCACACACCGAGCUCGAGAACAGCUUCCACGUUUUGCAGAGUGAACUGCAGCGCGCAGAGGCGCAGAGGGAGCAGCUGCGGGGAGCCCUGCAGAGCCUGCGGGAGCAGCACACCGCGCUCUGCCGCCACAGCAGCGCCCUGCGGGAGGACAACCGCCUGCAGGCCCGGCACAUCAGCACCAUCCAAGAUCAAUUGCAAAAGGAACAAAACCGGAGGGUAGCACUGGAGGCGACGAUCGGCCAUUUACAAAGCUUGAUACAGAGCCAGGCGGAGCAGCAGAAGCUCCAGGAGGCCACGGUGCAAUGGAAAGACCAGGUUUUCACCACGCAGACCCCACCUCUCAAUCUCACCAAGGAAAAACAAAACACUCUCUUAGAGUAUCCUGAGGAGGAAGGAGAAGAAAGCCUGAAGGAUGAGGUGCAGGAAAGGACAUCCCAGCUUGCAGCAAAGGAAAACGAGCGCCGGGAGCUGCGCGUGGAGCUGGAGGCGCUGAGCGAGGAAUGCCGAUCCUGCCUGGCCGGGCUGCGCCAGUGCCGGGACCAGCUCAACCACUUCCAGAGCCAGCAGGCAAAGAGGCGGCGCAGUCACUGGGUCCCUGUCCUGCUGGCAGUGACAGCAAUGGCCAUGGCCACCUUCCUCGCGAGCUACAGACCAUGAAGGACCUUCUGACUGACUUCACUGCAGGAGCUGAACAGGUCCACCCUCCCUGGUUUUCAUAGCCGGCAGCUGAGCGGACUACAAAAUGCUCUUCCUUUAUUUACUGCCUUUCCAAACGUGACAUGCUCAGCCCUGGAUGAUCUCUACUAGUACCUGACAAAAGAAACUCAGCUCAGGGAGGCUUUUCAGCCCAGUCCCCCCACACUCCCUCCUGCACUCCCUGUCCCGACCAGUUUUCCCACCCACCAGACCCAGUUCAGCCCACUGCCCUGUGAGCCUGCCCCAUGGCCAAGUGUCCCCACAGCCAUGUCCCCUUCCCUUUCACCUCCAGCUCCACGUUAAUUUGCAGAGACAAGGGUUCUAAGGCUCCCUUGGAGCUGGGCUGAGCAGGUUUCACAGUAGCCCUGACACCACCUGGCACGAGUAGUAAAUGCGCUAUGGAGCCUACAAUAAACUUCACAAACUCAAA